AUGUUUCCCACAUUCACCGGCGACUCUCGGCGGCCGCGCAACGUGAACCUCAGCAGACAGCGGCCCUCGAAUCCCUGGGGCCCCAGCGGCUGGGGCGCAAACCCAGGCGCAUCAUCUGGUGCCUCCAAGACGGUUGCCCAUGCUCAAGCAGAAAGGGAGAAGCGCCAGAAGAAUCGCGAAGAGCUUGUCGCUGCGAAGCGGCUCCAGAGGAUAUGGAGGGGAUGUUGCGCGAGGCAGAAGAUUAGAGAAAGUCAUCGUCGGGCAUUUGACAACGAAAUGCAGCGUGCCGGGGGUACCGAUCUUGGCCACAUCACCAAAACGUUGCCACUGCUGGUGGCUCUUUUUGACCCAAAGCGAGACGACGACCAGAAUAGAGCACGAGAUCAUCAACUCGGAAGCCUCAACCAGCACUCUCUUGAUCGCCUGGUCGGUCUCAUCGUCGCUGCCCUUGAAAGAGGACCAUUCGCUUCCGCCCGUGCGCUCCUACCCCUUUUAUCUGAGCUGGUGACAAAACGGCCUUGGAGUGUUGGCUCAAUCCUCGGCCGGUACUAUCAUGUUGCGGCACGGUACUUUUCAGAGGGCAUGGAUCCUGCCGAGCAAGCAAUGCUCUGCGACGUUGUCCGCGCACCCUUAUCUUCCGAGAAAGGUACGUGUUGA